UUGUUUCUUAUAAUGCAAUUUUCUAGUAUUGUUUUAUGCAGAUUGGCUUCCCAGUUGAUGGUUGGGAGUCGGGACGAUGGGUUUGAUUUUCAAUAUACAAUUGCAUAAACUAUCUCCCUGCAUUUAGCUUAAUCGAGUCCAACUCAAUGAAUUUGGUUGUUUUGAGACCUCAAGAGUAAGGCUUAUUAAUUGAACGGUGAUGCAUGAAUGCCUGAUCCCACCUGGUUCUAGAUUGAGAUUUAAAAACCUCAACCUGUUGAAACAAGUAUUAUUAAUUAGUUGAAUGGAUCUUUUACUUUCUCAAGCCUAAAUUGCUCUUGUUCUUCUUUCCUUGUGUUCCAUUUAUGAUGGAGUGAUGAGUGUCUGUUGUUCAUGGGAGAAAGCUAAAUGGAAAAUUCCCCACUUUAUAGAAAAUAAGAGGCUGUGUAAAAACUAUGUAGUUUAGCUACUUAACAAGCCAAGUAUGUAGCUUCUAACUUGGGUUGAAAUCGUAGAUGGAGUAUUUGCACAUACUAAUGAGCUAACAAUGCGGAAACUUCUUCACGGCUUCACUGAAGAAAGUGCUUUCCCACAAAUUGAGUUUCAUAAGGUCUGUUUGGUUCUUUAUUUUAUAUUUGACCUCUAAGAUUUGGCUUGAGUUCAAUCUUCAACUAUUUUGUAGAUAAAUGGCAUUAAGGUUACUUGUGGCCCGAGAUGUUAACGAAUGAUGUAUUGGAUUUUUAGGUUGGCAACGCAUAUGGUGCUGUCUCAGUCUAUGAAGUUUUUGUUCACUGCGAAGACGUUUUUACUUUAACUCCAUAUUUAAGUUCCUUGCAGUGAACCAUGGAAAAAAAUAUGCAAUAUCAAGCUGUUGGAGUUGUCCAGUACCAGAUUAUACUGUUCUGCAAAGUGUUGAAGAGAUUGAAAGAUAAAAAAGAAGUGGUUGAGCCUGAAGCUGAUCCAGAAAGGGAUCAAAGGACUGUUUUUGCUUACCAGAUGCCGCUGAAGGCAACUGAAUGGGAUGUUUAUGAGUUCUUCUCAAAAGCAGGAAAGGUGAGAGAUGUGCGACUGAUCAUGGAUCGGAAUUCACGAAGGUCAAAAGGAGUUGGGUAUAUCGAAUUUUAUGAUGCAAUGUCUGUUCCAAUGGCAAUUGCCCUCUCUGGUCAUCUACUUCUUGGACAACCUGUAAUGGUCAAACCUUCGGAGGCUGAAAAGAACCUUGUGCARUCUAAUGCUUCAACUGGUGGAGCAGGUGGUAUUGCAGGACCCUAUGGUGCAGUUGAUCGGAAGCUUUAUGUGGGAAAUUUGCACUUCAACAUGACUGAAUUGCAACUCAAGCAGAUAUUUGAAGCCUUUGGUCCCGUGGAGCUAGUGCAACUGCCAACAGAUCCUGAAACAGGACACUGUAAAGGUUUUGGGUUUGUUCAAUUUUCUCAACUUGAGCAUGCAAAGGCAGCACAAAGCUUAAAUGGGAAGCUUGAGAUAGCUGGGCGGACAAUUAAGGUAUCUUCAGUUACGGAUCAUGUUGGCGCACAAGACUCAGGAGCUAAAGCAGCAGACUUUGAUGAUGACGAUGGGGGAGGUUUGGCUUUAAAUGCUCAAUCAAGAGCAAUGCUUAUGGCAAAACUUGAUCGCAGUGGUAUUGCAUCUAGCGUUCCUGGAGCGCUUGGAGUUGCAGCACCUCUAGUUAAUGGAUCUGCUCCAAUUCAAGCCAGUGCUUUACCGAUUAAUGGCCCAUCCACAGUUCCGGUUCCAGGUUUGGCCCAAAUGGUUUCAUCCAUUGCUUCAGAGCCUGUUGGGAACCCCAGCGAGUGUCUACUACUGAAGAAUAUGUUUGAUCCCUCUAGCGAGGUUGACCCAGAAUUUGAUUUGGAUAUAAAAGAUGAUGUGCAAGAAGAGUGUUCCAACUAUGGUAGAGUGAAGCAUAUCCAUGUUGACAAGCACAGUGCCGGUUAUGUGUAUCUGCGAUUUGAAAGUGUGGAGGGAGCUGCAAGAGCUCAACAGGCAAUGCAUAAGAGAUGGUUUGCCCGCAGAUUAAUAUCAGCCAUUUUCUUGCAACCAUACGAGUAUGAUGCAAAGUUCAAAGGUGCGGCUUGAUGACGUUGACAGACAAUUUCGGUCUCAAAUUCAUUAGUUUUGGUUACUGGGUUGCAAUCUACAUUUCUACUUUGCAUGCAUGUAUAAUGAUUCUGAAAUUGGUUUUCCUUAGGAUCAUAUAUUAUAAAAUGUUUAUGUGAAAUAUUGAAUCAAGUGUUUGAAUUAUGACGACUUUAUUUGAUACU